AUGAAGACUAGUCAAGAGGAAAUGAUAGGAGCUGUGGCUAGAGAGGCACAUGAAGCUAGAAGCCUAGUGGAUAUAUACUCAGGGCUGUUAAGUAAUCAAUCCGUGAUCCUGGCCAUGAACUCCAGCUUUGUGGAUCCCUUAAGGCAGUUUGAAUCUCAGUUGAAGAAAAUAGAGUCAUCCUUUAGAAUGCUAGCUUCCAUGCCAAGUCUUGACAAAGUAAAACAAUUGGGGAGCAGCAAUGAGGACAUUGAGGACCUGGAGAAUUUAUACCAAAAUAUUUUAAAUAUGUUUGAAUACAGCCUUCUGAGUUUGGUAACUACAGACUUCUACAAACUACAGAUCUUAAAGGAAAUACUCGUGUGGAUGAGUGAAGAUAGCUCAUACCUGCAAGACAGAAUAAUGAUCAUCAUCAACACGGUGUUAAAAUUUGCAGCCUGGAAAGCCAGAAGAUGUACAAGUGUUGAUGCUCCAUGUUUGGGUGUCCUGGCAGCAGAGCUGUCUCUUUUGUGUUCCCAUGAUGAUUCCUUGAUUGCACAACAAGCAUCUUUGGGAAUGUGUCACCUCUUUGACAUUGCAAAAUGUCAGCAUGCGGAUAUUGGAAAAAGUAACCCUACAGACAGUAAAAGUCAUAGCGUCCUGCUUUCUUCUAAUGUAGAAGUUCUUGCCAAGAAGUUUCAACAAAACAAACGUGAAAUUGCUCAGACAGUAGGACAAACCUUACUGCCUUCCUUGCUGACAGACUUUGUGCGGAGUCUCCUGAUGAAACUCUCUUCACCUGAUGAUAAAAUCGCAUCUGAGGCAGCAUCCAUACUGACACUGACUCUGACAUUUCAUUCUCACAAGGUCACCAUGGUGUCUAAGAUCGUGGAUGCUAUUUAUAAGCAAUUGUGUGAAAACAGUUUUCACAACAUGAAGUGUGAUAUGUUGGGGGUUAUCACUUUGUUGACACGUACUUCACCCAAGAAGGUCAUCUUUCAACUUAUGGACUACCCAGUUCCAGCAGAUGACACUCUGAUACAGAUGUGGCAGGCGGCAGGCUCUGAGGCGACCCCGGCCCCUCACGUACUGAAGACAAUCUUACUGAUACUGAAAGGAAAACCUGGGGAAAUGGAGGACAGCCUAACAGAAAGAAAACGCUUCUCUCUUGAUGCUACCAACGUGAUGCCUUUGGCGGCAUCCCAGGCCCUAUGCACCUUUCUGCCUCUUGGUUCCUACAAGAAAGCGGUGGCCCAGUUUUUCCCCCAGCUCUUGAUGGCCCUUAUGUUCCAAGUCUCCUACAGCAGUGAGCUGAGCCUGAUGCUCACGGACAGGACUUUAUAUGCCCAGGAUGCCCUGAGAGCUCUGCUGAAUUGUUCUGGACUACAAGAGGUGGAUAUCACUCUAACAAAAAAGAGUUUCUGGAACCAUCUAUCUGAAGAGCUGUAUCACCGUUAUAGAGUCUAUCUUCUGGCAAAAACUCUCAGUGGCUGUAACUUUCCACAGUUUCCAGAGACACUGCAUUAUCUCUAUAAGCUCUCAGUAGAAGGUCCUAGAAGGUCGGAAGACAAUCUCAUCAUAGUAAUAUUCCUCACUGAACUUCUGAAUAACUUCUUCAAGGAACCUUUCCCAGAAGUAUUUUUGGUCCUCUUCAGAAACUGGAUCAAUGAUUCCAAUCCUGUAGUUAGCAAACUGAGUCUUCUGAGAAUUGCCCAGAUGUCAUCAGUUGUCAAUGAGAUAGAAAAUGUCAGCAGUCUAUUAAUAGCCAUCCUGGAUGCCUUCCUUUCCAAAGAUGAGACUGUUGUACGUCGGGCCUUGCUCACCCUUAGAACACUUUUAGCCAAACUGGACAAAGUGAUCUACUCCUCUUUGUGCACCAGAAUUGCUUCCAGCUACUGUCCUCUAAUGGAUCAUAUUAAUGGAGGCAUUCGAAGUAUGGCAAUUCGACAUUUUGGUGAGUUACUUAGGGAAAUGAGUCAGUACACAUGGAUGCUGAGCGAUGUGGUUCUAGGAGGCUUAGUGCCCCUAAUCGUCUUUUUGGAGGAUGACGAAGAAAGAGUAGCUAACGCAUGUAAAUAUACAUUAAAAAUAUGUACCUUACAAUUAAAGUGGUCAACAUCAUAUUUGCUCAAAAAUGCAAAUUACAGUUUUGAGAUGGUGGUGCUCAAUAUCUGUAACAAUCUUAUUAUUUCUCACAGGAACUACAUUAGAGAUUUGAUAUCUGAUACCUUAGGAUUCCUGUGGAGCUCCAGAACAUAUCUUAAGAGAGCAUCGGUUAUUUUAGUAGGAUAUUUGGCAAAAUCAGGUGGUCAUUUACUGCAUAGAGAUGAAAUUGAAGUUAUGCUUGAUGUUAUUGAACGACUGCUCCGAGAUGAAGACCCUGUGAUCAAAGAGUUGGCUAAAAUAACCCACAGUAUUUUUAAGAAAAUAGCCCAUAAACUGACCUCUGCAACUCUUAAACAAAACUUCCAAAAAUUGUUGAAAUUCUUCUACAUCAAAAAAUUGAAGCCUCUUUAUAAUUAUAACUCACCCAAUCGCCAGAGAGACAGUCCUACAGACAGUGAAUAUAUCAAGAAUGAUAAGAAAGGCCUUAGAGAAGAGAAUGAUGACACUUUGAUUACACUGUUCCCCAAGAAACAUGAUACAUACAUGCAGAAUGAUGCUAUUGCCCAUGAAGAUGUCAUGGUCCAUUAG